GUGCUCUUUCUUUUCGUGAGAAGGUCUGGAACAAACCGCACCCUUUAUUGAUUCGCAGAUGCCAGCACUUGAUAGUGACAAAGGACUGGGCUUCCUCGUGCGAUAAUCGCGAUAUUCCAGGCUUGACAGUAUUACCACAUAAGCUGCGUCCUGCGAGUAGGUAGUCUGGCAAUGCAGCCGGAAGACUUCAUUCGAUCAUGACGGCUUAUGCGCAUUCAAUGCUGCGCCGAUCUACGAGUUCUUGUUCACCGAAGAACAUUCAAGGACGGAACAAAUGACACAAUGGGGAAUUAUGACAAGGCUGGGCAUAAAGCGGCUGAGCCGCCAACCCCGCGACAGGCCACAACAUCGUCGCGAGGCAUCUUUAUCUCUUGAAACACUCCGACUUUGCUCCCACCGAGCCGCUCUCUGAUUCAUCUGCGUUGUCACGCGUCGAGUUGAAGAUGCAGCCAUUCACCUAUAUUCGCGAAUCUGUUCUCUACGCUUGGAACGACAGCGCCCGCUUUCGCCGCUGGACAAAGCUCCAUACGUGCCCAUGUCUGGGCUGCUGUUUCUGCAUCCACUCAGCUGGCUUCAGCGACUGCACUGGAGACCGGCGCAAAAGAAGAAGACAAAAGCGCAACCUCAUUAUGAGUGAAGUGAAGCAAGCGCGGCGAGAGCGGGCCUUGGCAAACAGAAAGCGGAGUGUGUCUGUGGACGGGAGACAGAUCAAGAUGCCGUUUAGAAGGAGGGAGGAAACUAUGGAGCAGCUGCAGAGCGCUUUCUUUGGUAAAUUACCAGCGGAGUUGAGACUAAAGAUCUAUGAGUUGGUGCUUUGCGAACAGGACGCGAUUGUUGUGAAUCCGGAUGAAAAGGCAGACACCUGUGAUAGGAGGGACGUGUUCAAGUUCAAGACGGAACCCGGACGUUCAGUAAGCAUAUUGCGUACCUGCAAGAGACUCUAUCACGAAGCCAUCGACGUGCUCUACUCCGGCAACACUCUCAGUUUCAAAAGCUACCGUCGCUUCGUCAUGUUCACCCGGUCUAUCCCACCACCGCGAUUAGCCAGCCUCAUGCACAUAACCAUCGUCCAAGCUAACAAGACACUCGACUACCCAGCCGGCCACAUGACCGAGAAGCAACGAUAUCGUCAUGACUGUACAUACCACGACUUCUUCACUCUCGUCAAAUCUUUACCCAGGCUGAAGGUUUUGAUCAUGAGAUACGAGGUCUAUUACUCCGAAGCCUGGCCGUAUAGACUUCGAAACGAGUUUGAGUUGUUGGACCUCAUUGAACGAACGGAUGAUUUCGGUGCGGUGGAGGUUUGGUAUGAGAUUGAUGGAUCAACAGAGGGGCUGGAGAGUUUCCGGGAAUGGGAGUAUGAUCGGAAGAAGAUGUAUUUGGGGGGUUGGACGAAGUGGAAAGUUGGUGAGAGAUGCAGGCUACUGUGAUGUGAUGGAUGUGUUGCAUGCUUUUAAAAUGUACCGUGGAGGUACUCGCUGCGAGUUGCGGUGGUACGCUUGAGAACUGUGACACUACGAAUACCUUCACGAUAGCUUUCGGAUUCACCCAAUGUGCCUGACUAGAGCUAUGUAUACACCCGAUGACACCAUUUCUUCCGAAUAACUUGACUAGUAAACAGGCCAAAGUUGAGCAUACACUAGGCAUGACCUGGAGGAAGAUAGGAUUUGUGUUCACCGCCAGGGAUACGGUCGCCUGACGGAGCCAAGGCAGGGGACGGGCCCCCACCAACUGC